GCUGUUAACCGGGUAAAAAUCGUCUCCACCGGCUCAUGGUGCCGUGUUGUCGGUGAUUCAUGGCCGCCCAGCUGACUGUGGUCUCCUCGUGUGACAGGAGCUUGAGAGGCAGUAUUCACCCAGCCGGUGGUCGCACAGGAUGUCUGCAGACGACGUGAUCAAGGCUCAUGUGAAGGCUUUGAAGGAAGGUACAGAACAGGCCCGCGGUCUGGCCCAGACUUUGCUCAAUGUUCCGUACGGAGAGGGAGAUGGGGAGAAACUGGAUGUCUACAUACCAAGCACCAACUCUCUGGAUGUCCCCCUUGUUAUUUACAUCCACGGAGGUUACUGGCAGUUUCUCAGUAAGGAAGAGUCAGGAUUCAUGGCUGUGCCGCUCGUGGGUAAAGGAGUAGUGGUGGUUGCAGUUGGUUAUGACAUUGCCCCUAAAGGUAACAUGGACCUCAUGGUGUCUCAGGUCCGUAAGAGUGUUGUGUCUGUUGUUCAGCAGUACUCUCACAUCAGUGGUCUGUACCUGUGUGGGCACUCUGCUGGAGCUCACCUAGCUGCCAUGGUCCUCUCCACCAACUGGUCAGAGUACAGCAUCACUCCUCAGAUCAAAGGCGCCUUCCUGGUCAGUGGCAUCUAUGACCUCCUGCCCAUCCUGUCCACCUACGUCAACGAGCCAUUAAAGAUGACAGAAGAGGUGGCGGUGAGGAACAGCCCCAGUAAGCUGGUUCCUCAGCUCAAACUCUCCUCUUCGAGCUGCAACAUAGUUGUGGCCGUCGCUGAGAACGACUCGCCGGAGUUCCGCAAGCAGUCUGAAGAUUACUUCAAAACUGUUGAGGCGACUGGCCUUAACGUGAGCAUGGAGGAUGUUGCAAAUACAGACCACUUCAGUAUCAUUGAGCAACUGGUUGAUGGAGAGUAUCAUCUAACAAAGCUCCUCUUGAAGAUGAUGGAGAAGAGCUGAGGUGCCAGUCUUUGAUCCGUCGACUGAAAUCAACAUACCUCCGUAUCAACAAACACCUCUAGAAAGAGUCAUCGUGCACUGAUACUAAUAAAAUAUGCAUCAUUCAGGUUUGUACGACGGUAAAUGUACAAUAUCUGACCACAUUCAUAAACACUGAGGUGGCAUGGGUUGUGUUGACUGUCUAGUUGACUGUUUCAUUAGUUGUGCUAACUUUAGUUAAUGCUGUCGGUCAAUGUUUUAGCAAAGCUUCAAAUUUUCAAGCCACAGCAUCAUAUGAUAAAAACAUUGUAUGCCUAAAACCAAGUCACUUAAAGGAUGAUUGUUGUCUCAAAUUUACUUCAGGCUAUGCGUAUGAUAUUUAGUCACAGAAACAUUGUAACGCACAAUGUUGUCAUCAGGAAAUACUUCUCCAUGGGCGUUCUUACAGUUUUGGAAUCUAUAGUUUGUUUUGGCAUUUUUCCAAUGUUCGGUAGAAGGGUGGGUAUUUUAUGUUUUGUUUUUUUUCUGCAACAAUCUGCACCACAACAUUAAGUCAAAGAGUUGGAAAAGAGAGUGUUACAGGUGUAUGUAACAUACAAAGUGAAUGUAGCUUUUAAUUGUAAUUUCCACAAUUAAAAUAUCUCACCCAGGGAACUUUAACGUGUUGCUACACUUGAUAAAUGUUGAUUAUGAAAACUAUAUAUUUGCACUUUUUAUUUGAUCCUGACACAGUCAAUGAAUAUCAUUGUAACGCACAUUUUGAGAGAACAAAUGGGACUAUAUUAAGCUGAUGCACAUUGUUACUGACUGCUCUCAUUCUAGCAUCUUAAAUAAAUGUUUACAUUAAUGUUUACAUGAUGCCUGCUAAUAAGGAUUAUUGUAGAUUAUGAAGAGAAUCGUCACAAUAAAUAUUUUUAUUUGACAA